AUUGACAUGACAGAUGACAAGCAAAACAAUCAAUGAAAUGACUUAUUAAACUUCGUUUAUCGUUUCUUGUAUAAUACUAAUUAAAACUUAAACCGAAAAUAGUAUAAUCCACUUGUAAUGCUGUGGUAAUAGCCAAUUACACCAUUAACUAUAAUACAUUGUAAAUAGGUAACUAUUUUAUUGUAAUAUAUAAAAUGCAGACUUCUACAUCAAUAUCUAGGUUGUUAAGCAUAAAGUUUGUACGACAACUUAGCUCCAAGAUGAGUUCUAAACGAGUAGCGGUGUGCCAGAUGACCUCUGUCGCGGACAAGGCCGCUAACUUACAAGUUGUCAGCAAACUUAUCAGUGAUGCAAGUAAAGAAAAUGUUCAGAUGUUAUUCUUUCCUGAAGCAUGUGACUAUUUAUGUGAUAGCAAAAAGCAGACAUUAGAUUUCUCAGAGACAUUACUAAAUGGGAAUACAGUAAAGAGUUAUAAAGAACUAGCUGCAAAACAUAAUGUAUGGCUAUCUAUGGGUGGAGUUCAUGAACGGGAUGAACGAAAUCCCACAAAAAUGUUUAAUACACAUAUAAUUAUAGACAACAAGGGUGAGAUAGUGCAGACAUACAGAAAGUUACAUCUCUUUGAUGUAGAGAUACCAGAGAAGAAUGUGCGGUUGAAAGAAAGUGAUUUUACAAGCCCUGGCAGCCAUGUUGUCACACCAGUUGACUCGCCUGUCGGACGUAUCGGUUUGGAAAUCUGCUAUGACAUGCGUUUCCCUGAACUCAGUACAACACUUGGGUCUAUGCGCGCCGACAUUCUGACUUUCCCAUCUGCAUUUACUUACGUUACUGGCAAAGCACACUGGCAUUUGUUGCUCAGGGCACGAGCAAUAGAGAACCAAUGCUAUGUGAUAGCGGCCGCACAAACCGGCCAGCACAACACCAAGCGACGCUCAUACGGUCAUGCGCUCUGCGUUGACCCUUGGGGUGAAGUCCUAGCUGAUUGUGAAGAGGAGGGACCAUGUUAUAAAGUCGCUGAGAUUAAGUCUGAAAGACUGGCCGAUGUUAGACGGAAUAUGCCUGUGUUUCAACAUAGGAGAUCAGAUGUUUAUUCAUUAUACACGCUUAGUUUACGAAAUAAAUUACUAGCGGAGCAUUCCCUUCCUACAUUAACACCAACAACUGCCAAUCAAACAGAAAGCGCAGAAAAUAGUGAGCCAAUGUAUGUCUUUGGACAAGCUAAAGUUCCGGAAUCAUGUGUCUUCUAUAAAACUAACUGGACAUAUGCAUUUGUAAAUUUAAGAUGUGUUAUACCAGGUCAUGUGCUUAUCGCUCCUAUACGAUUAGCAGAAAGAAAUAGAGACCUGAAUGAGGAGGAGGCUGCAGAUUUCUUCAAAACUAUCCGAUUAGUGCAAAAGUUAAUGGAAAAAGUACACAAUGUUAAUUCAAGUACAGUAACUAUUCAGGAUGGGCCUGAGGCCGGUCAGACAAUAAAGCAUGUCCAUUGUCACAUAUUACCGAGGAAGAAAGGAGACUUCAUUGAUAACGACCUUAUUUAUUUAGAGCUGGCUAAACAUGAUAAAGUAUCACCGACACAGCCAAGAAAACCUGCAAGAAGCUUACAAGAGAUGAGAGAAGAAGCCGCCAUGUUGCGCAAAGAACUUGACAUUAUGACACAGGAAUCCGAAAAACAGAAGUGACAAAUCAAAAUGUGAUGAAAAACUGUUAUAGUUCUUUUAACAAAACAAUUAUGAUAUAAUAAUGUAAAUAAAAGAGUUAAUCGUUGUAA